CUUCUAGCCCCUCCUCCUAGUUGAGUCAGUGGCUUGAAACUUUUAAAAGCUCUGUGCUCCAAGUUACAAAAAAGCUUUUACGAGGUAUCAGCACUUUUCUUUCAUUAGGGGGAAGGCGUGAGGAAAGUACCAAACAGCAGCAGAGUUUUAAACUUUAAAUAGACAGGUCUGAGUGCCCGAACUUGCCUUUUCAUUUUACUUCAUCCUCCAAGGAGUUCAAUCACUUGGCGUGACUUCACUUCUUUUAAGAGAAAGAGUGGUGCCCUGGCAACAUGGGUGACUGGAGUGCCUUAGGCAAGCUCCUUGACAAGGUUCAAGCCUACUCCACUGCUGGAGGGAAGGUGUGGCUAUCAGUCCUUUUCAUUUUCCGAAUCCUGCUGCUGGGGACAGCAGUUGAGUCAGCUUGGGGUGAUGAGCAGUCUGCCUUUCGUUGUAACACUCAGCAACCUGGUUGUGAAAACGUCUGCUAUGACAAGUCUUUCCCAAUCUCUCAUGUGCGCUUCUGGGUCUUGCAGAUCAUAUUCGUGUCUGUACCCACACUCUUGUACCUGGCUCACGUGUUCUAUGUGAUGCGAAAGGAAGAGAAACUGAAUAAGAAAGAAGAGGAACUCAAAGUUGCCCAAACUGAUGGUGUCAAUGUGGAGAUGCAUUUGAAGCAGAUUGAAAUAAAGAAGUUUAAGUAUGGCAUUGAAGAGCAUGGUAAGGUGAAGAUGCGUGGGGGCUUGCUGCGAACCUACAUCAUCAGUAUCCUCUUCAAGUCUGUCUUCGAGGUGGCCUUCUUGCUGAUCCAGUGGUACAUCUAUGGAUUCAGCUUGAGUGCCGUUUAUACUUGCAAAAGAGAUCCCUGCCCACAUCAGGUGGACUGUUUCCUCUCGCGCCCCACGGAGAAAACCAUCUUCAUCAUCUUUAUGCUGGUGGUGUCCUUGGUGUCUCUUGCAUUGAAUAUCAUUGAACUCUUCUAUGUCUUCUUCAAAGGCGUUAAGGAUCGUGUGAAGGGAAAGGGUGAUCCUUACCAUGCUACCACUGGCCCACUAAGCCCCUCCAAAGACUGUGGAUCACCAAAAUAUGCAUAUUUCAAUGGCUGCUCUUCACCAACCGCUCCCCUCUCACCCAUGUCUCCUCCCGGGUACAAGCUGGUUACUGGCGACAGAAACAAUUCUUCUUGCCGCAAUUACAACAAACAAGCAAGUGAGCAAAACUGGGCUAAUUACAGUGCAGAACAAAAUAGAAUGGGGCAGGCAGGAAGCACCAUCUCUAACUCCCAUGCACAGCCUUUUGAUUUCCCCGACGAUAACCAGAAUUCUAAAAAACUAGCUGCUGGACACGAACUACAGCCACUAGCCAUCGUGGACCAGCGACCUUCGAGCAGAGCCAGCAGUCGCGCCAGCAGCAGACCUCGGCCUGAUGACUUGGAGAUCUAGAUACAGGCUUGAAAGCAUCAAGAUUCCACUCAAUCGUGGAGAAGAAAAAAGGUGCUGUGGAAAGUGCACCUUAGGUGUUAAUUUUGUUCCAGUGGAGGUGGUACUCAACAGCCUUAGUCAUGAGGCUUAGAAAACAAAGACAUUAGAAUACCUAGGUUCAUUGGGGGUGUCUGGGAUUAGGUGGGUGGAGCGGGAGGGGAUAAGAAAGGUACAUGUUGAUAUUUAAUGUAGUGGAUUCAAUGAACUUAAAUUCUAAAUAAGAGUUCCAUUAGGUGAUACACAAAUAAGGGUUUUUUCUCCCCCUGACACCCCUAAGAAUGAUUCUGUGUAUGUGAAAGAGUGGGUGAUAAUUGUGGCUAAAUAUUUUUUGUUUUUUAACCAAGAAACUGAAAUAACUUUGGCCAGGAAUAAAUACUUCCUGAACGUCUUCUUUUCAACAAGAAAAAGACGGAGGAUUGUCUUUAUGUCCCCGCUAAAACAUUCCAUUGUUAAAAUUUGCACUUUGAAGGUAAGCUUUGUAGGCCUGACCCUCCAGGUGUCAAUGGACUUGUGCUACUAUAUUUUCUUUUUAUUGGUAUCAGUUUAAAAUUCAGACAAGGCCCACAGAAAAAGAUUUUCCAUGGAUUUACAAAUCUCAGCAUUAUAUUUACAUUCUUUUUACAUCCACUUUCACCAUAUCAUUACCAUCACUUUUUCAUCAUUCCGCAGCUACUAUUCACAUUCAUUUAAUGGUUUCUGUAAACAUUUUUAAAACAAUUGGGAUGUCACUUAACAUUUUUUUUGAGUUAGAGUCAGGGAAGCAAGCCAUGCUCAAUAUUUAACAAUCACUUGUAUGUGUAUGUGUGUGGAAGAGUGUUUUCUUUGUCAUGUAUUGGUACAAGCAGAUGCAGCAUAAACUCACAAACACAGAUUUGAAAAUAAUUCACACUCAGUGUUCAAAUUUGAACCUUUCUCAUGGAUUUUGUGGUGUGGGCCAAUAUGGUGUUUACAUUAUAUAAUUCCUGCUGUGCAAGUAAAGCACACUUUUUUUUUUUUUUUUGCCUAAAAUGUUUUGCCCCAUGUAUCCUAUUAUGGAUACUGGUUUUGUUAAUUAUGAUUCUUUUUCUUUUC